CGUGGUAGAGUGUGACGUCACGACAAUCCUGUGAUACCGAAGUGAAAUUAGGAAGGAGAAAUCAGCGCUCAGAUUAGGCUGUUACCUCGUCAAAAAUAAAGACAAACCCCUGCGGUUUCGCUGUGAACAGAAGCGAACCGGGUUUUGGAGCCACUGGACCUGCCAGCCACCGAGCCAACAUGACGGCAGCGGUGUUUUUCGGCUGCACAUUCAUCGCCUUCGGCCCAGCCGUCUCCCUGUUCCUGUUCACCAUCGCCCGGGAGCCGCUGAGGGUCAUUUUCCUCAUAGCAGGGGCAUUCUUCUGGCUGGUGUCGCUGCUGCUGGCCUCCCUGGUGUGGUUCAUCUCGGUUCAGAUCAGCAACAAGGAGAGCGCGUCGCAGCAGAAGGGUCUGCUCAUCUUCGGUGUGGUGCUGUCCGUCCUGCUGCAGGAAACUUUCCGCUUCGCCUACUACAAACUGCUCAAGAAAGCAAAUGAAGGCCUUCUUGCUUUGAGUCAAGAGGAAACGAUGCCAAUUUCUAUACGACAGCUCGCCUACGUGUCCGGCCUCGGCUUCGGCUUUAUGAGCGGAGCGUUCUCUGUGGUCAACAUCCUGGCCGACUCUGUGGGUCCAGGCACUGUGGGCAUCCACGGCGACUCUCAGCACUACUUCCUGUCAUCAGCCUUCAUGACCAUGGCCAUCAUCCUGCUUCACAUGUUCUGGGGCGUCAUCUUCUUCGACGGCUGUGAGAAGCAGCGCUGGUUAGCCGUAGCUGCAGUCGUCGCCAGUCACCUCCUGGUUUCCUCCUUGACCUUCCAGAACCCGCAGUACGUCUCCAGCCUGGUUCCCACCUACAUCGUCAUGUUCUUCAUGGGCAUCUGGGCGUUUUACACCGCAGGCGGCUCCCUGAGGAACCUCAAACUCUGCCUCACCUGCAAAGACAAGGACUUCCUGCUAGCCAACCACCGGCCCAGAUAACGCCGCGAGCUCAUUGGCUUACAGGACUCGAUCCAAAGAUCCACACACAAACUUUUUAAUUCGCUGUUUCACAUGGCUGCUUACUUACUAUGUUUAGUCUGUAAAAAUGUUAAGUUUUUAGGAGAAACAGGUGAGUUACACUGCAAAAACACAACAUUUUACAAAGUAUUUUUCUAGUGCAAAUAUCUUUGUGCAUUAUAUAGAUAUAGAUAUAUUGUUUUAAGGUAAUUAUUUAAUAUUGACUAGGAGAUUAUCUCGCUUAUAACCAAACAUUUUUUCUCUGUUAUAAGUGAAAUAAUUUGACAGUGGAGCUGGAACUUUUUCUUCCAUAUUAAAUAAUUAUUUACUUAAAUCAGAUCUUAUAUCUUGCUGGAAAGUUACUUUUUAGUUUUUGUAUUAUAUCACUUGUGUACUUGGAUAUUUGCACAAGAAAUUAGACCAGAAAUAAUUGGUAAAACAUUAUGUUUUUGAAGUGCAUGCACAGUGUAAACUCUUAACAUUACCGUUGACUUAACUGCAAAAACACAAAGUAUUUCCAAGUAUUUUUGUCUGGUUUUUAGUGCAAAUAUUUUAGUAUACUUUAAUUUAAAAUAAAAUUUACAAGUAACCUUUUAACAAUAUACAAGAGUGUAUAAGUCCAUAAUUAAUUGAUAUUAAUAAAAAGGUCUUGAUCCACUGGAGGAUUAUUUCACUAAUAUGGGAAAAAUAACUUCUUAUAAGUGAAAUAAUAUUAUAUUAAUAAAUAAAUUAUUGACUUUAAACAAGCUCUCUCAUAUCUUGCUGAAAGGUUAAUUCAAGUCCACCAACACAUUUUCACUAUAAACUGGUUUUAUAUACUUGGUUCAGUUUUGUGUUUUUGCAGUGCGUAUAAGGUUAGUUUCUGCUUUUUUUCCUGCUGAUUCUGUAGAAAAACUUUGUAAAAUCAUUUAGGUUCUGCUCAAAUGAACAACUCUGAAGACGUCAUGUGCCAGAUGUGUGAAAACCGACUAAAUGUGGAUCCCUGUGUGGGAAACUCGUGUAUAUAAGGAAACAUUUCUGAAAAUAAUGAUUCUGUUGAACACAUGGUUGGUAUUUAUGUGUUUUAACUAAUCCAGAUUUACUAGCUUGGGGUUGCUGGUCCACUUCCUCCAUUUUUGUUUGUUGUUUUUUUAGCUUGAAGUUGAAAAUGGAGGACGGAAGAUUUCCUUCAGCUGAUUGUUUAUGAACUUCAAACACAACAAAGUGUUCGCUCAUUGAUCUUUGAAAGUUGACAUUCAUCCACUCUCAUUUUGUUUUCCUUUUGAGUUUGUGUCAAAUUCCUCACACUGAAUGUUUUGUUUUUCCAUUGCACCUGAUUUUAUGUUGAUUUAUUUUUUAUGUGYAGUUUGUAAAAAUUGAAAGUAAAUAAGAUGGAAGGUGGAUGAACAUGCAGGUCCUGCGUGUUUAGCUGGUUUUUGUCUGCGAGCGAAUCAGAAAAUUGCGCAGGUGGAAAACCUGAUGGUACAGAUCGGCAAUAAUAAAUUUGGUUAUGUUAAAAGU